UCUCACUGAGAAGUGAGAACCCGUUUUCCAUUCGAGGAGAGACAACAGACAGUGCCUGCCGCCACUGUUCUAUGCGCCUCCAUCAUCCUCAUCAUCAUCAUCAUCAUCAUCAUCAUCAUCAUCAUCACAUCCAUCACCAUCUUCUUCAUCUUCAUCUUCAGCUAAACGAACCCUUCGUAUCGAGAAAACCUAGGGUUUCACUCUUCCCCCAAAACCCUCUCCUCUUCUUCAACCCGAUGAACGAUCGCUGAGGGUUUCCGAUUUGGAUGGCAUUGGGUGAUUUCAUGGCAUCACGCUUUUCCCAAUCCAGCGUUCUCGUCGUUCCGAAUCAUCACCACCACCACCACGAUGAUUCCGCUACCUCCACUACCCUCGACGACGCCGAUUUCGGCCCCCGUCGGGAUUCUGAGCCCGCCGUUGCUAGCAGUAGCAGCGGUAGCGCCGCCGCCGCGUAUCCUAAUGCUGCCACCAGCUUGGCGUACCUUCCGCAGACCGUUGUGCUUUGCGAGCUCCGUCAUGAUGCCUUUGAGGCCGCCGUUCCCGUCGGUCCCUCCGACAGCGGCCUUGUUUCGAAAUGGCGGCCGAAGGACAGGAUGAAGACAGGAUGUGUAGCUCUAGUAUUAUGUUUAAACAUUAGUGUUGAUCCUCCAGAUGUAAUAAAGAUAUCCCCUUGUGCCAGAAUGGAGUGCUGGAUAGAUCCUUUUUCUAUGGCACCACAAAAGGCAUUGGAAUCAAUUGGAAAAUCUUUGAGCUGUCAGUAUGAAAGAUGGCAACCGAAGGCACGCUAUAAGUGUCAACUUGAUCCAACCGUGGAUGAGGUGAAGAAGCUUUGUACUACAUGUCGCAGAUAUGCAAAGACGGAAAGAGUUUUAUUCCAUUACAAUGGGCAUGGUGUACCAAAGCCAACUGUUAAUGGUGAAAUUUGGGUCUUCAAUAAGAGUUAUACGCAGUAUAUCCCCUUACCAAUCAGUGACCUUGAUUCCUGGCUGAAGACCCCAUCAAUUUAUGUUUUUGAUUGCUCUGCUGCGGGGUUAAUAGUGAAUUCUUUCAUUGAGCUUCAUGAAUGGAGUGCAUCUAACACUGCUGGGGCCACAAGGGAUUGCAUUUUGCUUGCAGCAUGUGAAGCACAUGAGACUUUGCCUCAGAGUGUUGAAUUCCCAGCUGAUGUGUUUACAUCUUGCCUAACAACACCUAUAAAGAUGGCAUUGCGGUGGUUCUGUACUCGUUCAUUACUUCGUCAGUCGCUUGAUUAUUCCCUUAUAGAUAAGAUCCCUGGCCGUCCCAAUGACCGAAAGACACUUCUGGGUGAAUUGAAUUGGAUUUUUACAGCAGUAACUGAUACGAUUGCCUGGAAUGUUCUUCCUCAUGAACUUUUUCAGAGGCUGUUCAGACAAGAUUUGCUUGUUGCAAGUCUGUUUCGAAAUUUUCUACUUGCUGAGCGAAUAAUGCGAUCUGCAAAUUGUACUCCUGUCUCUCACCCUAUGUUACCGCCAACUCAUCAGCAUCAUAUGUGGGAUGCAUGGGACAUGGCUGCUGAGCUUUGCCUCUCUCAACUUCCCUCAUUAGUUGAGGAUCCUAAUGCAGAAUUUCAGCCUAGUACAUUUUUCACUGAGCAGUUGACAGCAUUCGAGGUAUGGCUUGACCAUGGUUCUGAACAUAAGAAACCACCAGAACAGUUGCCUAUAGUUCUUCAGGUUUUACUCAGUCAGUGCCAUCGAUUUCGGGCUUUAGUUCUCCUUGGAAGGUUCCUUGAUAUGGGGCCAUGGGCUGUUGAUCUGGCAUUAUCUGUUGGAAUAUUUCCUUACGUUCUUAAGCUGCUGCAAACUACAACACCAGAAUUACGUCAGAUUCUUGUAUUCAUAUGGACUAAGAUUUUGGCACUUGACAAGUCAUGUCAGGUUGAUCUAGUGAAAGAUGGAGGUCAUAUCUAUUUUAUUAAGUUUCUUGAUAGCAUGGAAGCAUAUCCAGAGCAACGAGCAAUGGCUGCUUUUGUUUUAGCUGUGAUUGUGGAUGGUCAUAGAAGAGGUCAAGAAGCUUGUAUUGAAGCUGGUUUGAUCCAAGUCUGCUUAAAGCACCUUCAGAGCUCAUCUCUCAAUGAUUCACAAACCGAACCCCUUUUCCUUCAGUGGCUGUGCUUGUGUCUGGGGAAAUUGUGGGAAGACUACACAGAGGCGCAAGCAAUCGGUUUGCAUGAAGAUGCUACUUCUAUAUAUGCUCCUCUACUUUCUGAACCCCAGCCAGAGGUUAGAGCAUCUGCUGUUUUUGCACUGGGCACACUUCUUGAUGUGGGAUUUGAUUCAUGUAGAAGUGUUGGAGGAGAUGAAGAAUGUGAUGAUGAUGACAAGUUUAGGGCUGAAGUUAGUAUAGUUAAGAGUCUGUUGAGUGUUGCUUCAGAUGGGAGUCCGUUGGUGAGGGCUGAGGUUGCAGUGGCUUUAGCAAGGUUUGCUUUUGGCCACAACAAGUACCUGAAAUCUAUUGCUGCUGCAUAUUGGAAGCCUCAGACUAGUUCUUUGAUAAAUUCCUUACCCUCAUUGACUAAUAUUAAAGAUUCAGUUGGUGGUUUUUCUAACCAGAACCAGCAUAAGCCUCAUGGAAAUAUUGUUUCACCUCAAAUUGGUCCUCUCAGGGUUGGGAGUGAGAAUUCUAAAGUGGUUCGAGAUGGGCGGAUCUCAUCUAGCAGUCCUCUCGCUAGUUCUGGAAUCAUGCAUGGGUCCCCGAUGUCUGAUGAUUCAUCUCAUCAUUCUGAUUCAGGAAUAUUGAAUGAUGGUUUCAGUAAUGGAGUGGUUAACCACACUGGGCCAAAACCCUUGGAUAAUGCAUUAUAUUCACAAUGUGUACUUGCUAUGUGUACUUUAGCAAAAGAUCCAUCGCCCCGCAUUGCUAACCUUGGCCGCCGAGUACUUUCCAUAAUAGGUAUUGAACAAGUUGUAGCAAAACCAUUGAAAUCUACUGGUGUUCGUCCUAGUGAAGCUACAGCCACUCCUAGCCUUGCUGGACUUGUUCGCUCAUCUUCUUGGUUUGAUAUGAAUGGAGGACACUUGCCUCUAACCUUCAGAACUCCUCCAGUCAGUCCUCCUCGCCCAAGUUAUAUAACUGGAAUGCGCAGAGUAUGUUCAUUGGAGUUUAGGCCCCACCUGAUGACUUCUCCAGACUCAGGAUUAGCUGAUCCACUUUUAGGUUCGGCUGGAGCUGCGGGGAGUUCAGAUCGCAGUUUUCUUCCACAAUCAACUAUAUAUAAUUGGAGUUGUGGGCACUUUUCCAAACCACUUUUAACUGCGGCAGAUGAUAGUGAAGAAGUAUUAGCAAGAAGAGAAGAGAGGGAAAAAUAUGCAUUGGAGCACAUAGCAAAAUGCCAGCACUCAGCUGUGACCAGACUAACAAAUCCUAUUGCUAAAUGGGACACUAAGGGUACACAAACAGUGUUGCUGCAACCUUUCUCUCCUAUAGUGAUAGCUGCUGAUGAGAAUGAACGUAUCAGGGUAUGGAACCAUGAAGAAGCAUCACUUCUCAACAGCUUUGAUAACAAUGAUUUUCCUGACAAAGGAAUUUCUAAACUCUGCCUAGUGAAUGAGCUUGAUGAUAGCUUGCUUCUUGCUGCUUCAUCUGAUGGAAAUAUUCGAAUUUGGAAAGAUUAUACUCUAAAGGGUAAACAGAAGCUUGUAUCUGCAUUCUCUUCAAUUCAUGGUCAUAAACCUGGUGUGAGGAGUUUGAAUGCAGUUGUUGAUUGGCAACAGCAAUGUGGUUAUCUGUAUGCAUCGGGUGAGAUAUCAUCUAUUAUGCUAUGGGAUCUUGAUAAAGAGCAACUUCUUAAUGCUAUACCUUCAGCAUCAGAUUGCAGUGUGUCUGCAUUGGCCGCAUCUCAAGUUCAUGGGGGACAAUUUGCAGCUGGGUUUGUAGAUGGUUUCGUCAGACUCUAUGAUGUCAGAACACCUGAAAUGCUCGUCUGUGGAUUACAGCCACACACACAAGGAGUAGAAAAAGUUGUGGGGAUUGGCUUUCAACCUGGGUUGGACCCAGGAAAGAUUGUUAGUGCUUCUCAGGCUGGGGAUAUCCAAUUCCUUGAUAUAAGAAAUCACAGCAGCGCCUAUCUCACUAUUUCAGCUCACAGGGGUUCCCUUACAGCUUUAGCAGUACAUAGACACGCUCCAAUUAUUGCCAGCGGUUCUGCCAAACAACUCAUUAAAGUUUUUAACCUGGAGGGUGAUCAACUGGGCACCAUUCGUUACUAUCCUACCCUAAUGGCCCAGAAAAUUGGUUCAGUAAGCUGCCUAAAUUUCCACCCAUACCAAGUACUACUUGCUGCCGGUGCGGCAGAUGCAUGUGUAUGUAUUUAUGCUGAUGACAGCACUCAAGCAAGAUGAAUCCACUUUUUAUGAUUCCUUCGGUUAUCUGCGGCUCACAAGGGUGCGUCAAACAUCUCCCCAGAGUGCCAGGCAUAUUUAUUGCAGUUGGUUAAUCCAGUGAUGAUGCUCUAAUCCCUCUCCACUGUGAAUACACAUCUGAAAAUAUUGGUAGGGGUACAUUCUGCUGAUAGUGUAUGCAAGAUAUUCAUUAGCCUCCACGGUAGAGGGUUGCGCUUGAAAGGGACAAAGUCGUGCUUAUGGAUUGGAGGCUUCGGCAAAUAAUGUCAUCUUCGUAUAUGUGUGUAAAUAUCAUUCUCUCCAUAAUUAUUAUUCUAUUCCUGUUGUUUUGCGUGUUAUUUUCCACCUGUUGUUGAUUUGUAAAUUGUUUAGCAGAUUACAUAAGCUUAGUUUGCUGACAGAUAUGGGUGAUUGACUCCUUAAAAAUGGGGCUGUCACUCAAGGUUGUAGGUUCUGAUAAAGUGGAUCCUUGUUUUAACCAACAUGUAAUUAAAUUCAAGUUUGUGCAA